AUGCAGACAGUGCGGCAUGACAGCAAAAACUUCUUUUUCUUAGACCCUGGUGGCAAAAGGAAGCAUCUAUCACCCGAGCAAGCUUCGAGUAUAUUGAGAAGCAGAACUCAAGACCUGGUCACGCCAUGGACGUUGUCACUGUACCGACAAGCUGCUUUGGCAAUCGCCAAGAGGUAUCUGACAAAGCUGGUUGACAAGGCAAAUUUCUACUAUCCUUCCAGCGCGGCUGAUCCAAUACGCAUGUUUGCGGCGGGAGCAGGUCAUCAUCCUCGCAUGCUGCUGACCACAUAUGCUAUUGAUCGAGCUCUUCCAGAAAGACUCCAACCCGAGCUCUUAGAGAUGUAUCGUCGACUACCAGAUACGUGGCAAGAAUGGAGCCGAAGUUACUACAAAGAAUGCUGCCUUCAAUUGCAAGGGUCUAUCAAACCAAACACUAGUGUGGCUCACGAACUCUGUCAAAAAAGACCAGCAGAGCCUGAUGACAAGGACCGGGCGUCAAAGAAGCUUAGGACGAACAGUGAUGGUUCUUGUUACGAAAAAAACGAAUCCAACUAUUCUGACGGAUUUCUCUACAAUUCUGAGUAUCAGAUUCUGAUUUGUAUUGCAUGUGAAUCGAUGGUCCAACCUGGGCAAGGUGCGUUUUACAGGCACCUGAACAACACUCACCGCAUCACCGGACUCGCUUGCAAAGCUUUGAUAAAACGCUUCAACACGUAUGAACUUUGCCCGUUCAAGAAGCUCGUCAUCCCUCGUGAGAAGAUAUCACCGAUCCCCGGAUUGGCUGUUCAUACUGCGUUUAAGUGUAAUGUCUGCGUCAAAGUCUUCGGAACGCCACACUUCACAUCAUCCUCAAAUAAGAUCAGGGAUCAUCUGAUCAUACACAAAUUAGGGAUUUCGCCAAUGAGUGCAGAGGAACAGGGAAUGUUUCAGACAUGUCGGGUCCAGACGUUCUCCUCUGCUAGGGGCAAAAUUCGAUAUUUCGAGAUCGAAUAG